CGAAAGAGAUAGCACGACAUUAUGAGAGCAAACGAAAAAAAAAAAGUAAUAGUAGGCAGAUGAAAACCAUGGCGGCGAUUGCUCUCGCGAAAUUGUACUUUCGCUGUGUUGUACGCUUUUCUGAUCGAGAAUUCAAGCGUUGAAGAAGAAAUAUUACAGAAAUUGAAUAAGAAUAAACAAUGAGUAACAUUGGUGGUGCAAGUAAUGAUUCGGAUGAUGGUGGAGAUGAUCAAGAAGCAUCUUCUUUUUUAAAGGAUCAAAAUGUUGAAGAUGCAUUAACAUCAUUCAGAGAGCAAUGGCAACGUGAACUGGAAAUAUCACCAAAACGAGAUAUAUCCAAAACACAAUCUACUCGAUCUGUUAGUACAGAAGUAUCUAAGGAUGAUUCACAAUCUGUUGAAAAUAAAGCAAAGAAUUUGUUCCUUAAAGGUGUAGAACACGAACAAAGCGGGCAGUUGUAUGAAGCAAUUCAAUUUUAUAAGCGUGCUGUACAAUUAGUCCCUGACAUUGAAUUUCAUUUGUACGAAUCAACAAAAAUAAAGUCACGAGAAAGAUUUGAAUCGGAUGAUAAUCUUGGAAGUAUUGAUAAUGAUGCACAUAAUGCGGAUGACGAUAACAAAGAUGAGGAAGAAGAUACUGAAGAUGAAUCUGAUCUAUCUGUUAAAUUAUCUAGAAUUGUCAACCGCAAUCAAUGUGUUUGCUUUCGAAAAUUCGAACAAAGUGCAACACAUAUAUCUGCUUUACCAAUGGAAAUAAUACUUUACAUUUUACGAUGGGUUGUUUCUUCAGAACUUGAUUUGAGGUCACUUGAAAUGUUCUCUAGAGUAUGUCGCGGAUUUUAUAUAUCUGCAAGAGAUCCAGAAAUAUGGAGACUUGCUUGUAUCAGGGUAUGGGGUGUAAAUUGUGGAACUUAUGAACCAAAAUAUCAAUCAUGGAGGGACAUGUAUGUACAACGGCCUAGAUUAAGAUAUAAUGGGUGUUACAUCAGUAAAACAAGUUACAUUCGUCAUGGAGAAAACAGUUUUCAAGAUCAAUUUUAUAAACAUUGGCAUUUGGUUGAAUACUUCAGGUACCUGAGAUUUUUUCCCGAAGGAAGAGUCCUAAUGCUGACAUCUACAGAUGAAGCACAAACCUCUGUUAAUUGUUUAAAAAAUCGCAUCCCACGAAAUUCUUCAGCAUUGAUAGGACACUAUAGAUUAUGUGAUAAUUUUGUUACAUUGGUACUCAAAAGACAGGAUACUAAUAAGGGAAAUAAUAAUACGUGUCGUAGAAGGAGACAAAGAGAGACGGUACAUGAUAGCGGAGAACAAACAUUUCAUGUUGAAUUCGAAAUCCAAAAUCAUCAUAGAAGGAUUAAUUCACAACUGUCAUGGCUAAGAUAUAAUAUAUUUACUAGAUAUAGAAAUGGGCAGGAACCAUGCGUAAAUACUAUGAAUCUUAGCGGGCGGUACCCACCAUUCAGGUUUAGCAGAGUUAAGAGUUAUACUCAGGAAAGUGAGGCUCCAUUGCAGUAAUAAAAAUUGCUUGAGAAUCAGAUUUGGUAAGAAGAUUAUAUUGAUAAAAAUUUAAAGAACAUAAGAAUAACAAAAGAUAAAUUCAAAAAUUACAAAUUUCUUCUACACAAAUGUUCGUUGAAAUAUUAUUAUUUAAAAUCUUUAAAAUCUUUAACAAGGAAAAUGUGCCCUGUGACAUAUUGUCACGUGAUAUAAUCACUUUGUUACGUGUAUUCAGAACAUAAACCUUCAGUUACAGAAAAGCAGUAGUAAGGCUUACACAGAUUGCUAUCUAACUAUCGAUUAGCGAUGUUUUUAAAGUUUCAUGAUAUUUGAAUAUUGUAGAUGUAAAAAUAAUCUUUAUCUUUAUUGAUUUUAAUAGUGUUAUUUUUCAUUAAGUCUAUAUAUAUAUAUAUAUAUAUAUAUAUAUAUACAUAUAUAUAUAUACAUAUAUAUAUAUAUAUAUAUAUAUAUAUAUAUAUAUAUUUAUUCAUAUACCUAUACAUAACUUUUCAUUGUAAUUUAUUAUUGCUUUAAGCACAUAUAUGGUGCCUUAUGUGCUUUUAAAAGUAGGUGCUUAUAUGUGAAAUGUUGUAUCAUUUUAAUUUCAUCUCAAAAUAAUUAUACGUACGGUCUAUUUCGCUAAAUAGUUGUUAGAAUUUAAUUUUGAUAGUGAACGCAUGGUACAUUUAUAUAUGUAUAUAAUAUUUGAUUCAAAAUCUUUAUAUAUCAUGCGAUCGCUAAAAAUAAUGAUAAACUAUAAGUGAACUAACUUGCAAUAUACUUUCAAUCAAAGUACAUGUAAAAAGAAGAAAUCAUAAAAGUAUUAAUAUACAUCAAUUAACUCUAUAUUACACGAAAGCUAAUUACUUAAUAGAUGUCAAAUAAGUUGAAAGAUCUAUUUGUUGACCUGGUCUACAUCUACUAUGUGACUAUUAAUAUUGUUUUAAAUUAAGAUCAUUAAAAAAGAAUUCAAGUUGAAAAAGACUAUAGUACUGUAUAUAAUUGAGCGAUGAUGGAAUUUAAUGAACGUCCAUAUUUUUGAACAAUUUUAUUUCUCUAAAUAUCGGAUUUGGUAUAGUAAAGUGUAAGAAUUUAUAGAAAUGAGAAAUUGGAAACGUCUUGGAGACAUUGGUAGGUGAUGAUAUCGAUAAUUACAACCAUAUAAUAAACAUAUUUUUGAUGUGCUUA